UCUUUUGGAGCGCUCGCGGCGUUGAGCUUACUAAUACAACAUUUUUCUCAUUACCUCUGCUAACGCUCGUCUCCUCAGCGUUUUCCAUUCACUCUCGCUUGCUAUCGCCGCGUGCUAAUCGCACACACAGCUGAGCGGUACUUCAAGCUGUAGUGGUCGCGCCCGUGUAUUGAGCGGAUAACUUAAACGCUUUAUGAAAGCUGUGUUACAUUUAAGCUAUCGCUGCGUGCCAAGUCAACUCGCGUUUAAGCUACGCCAUAGCCGCUUUGGAGGAGGCAGUCCAGUGGUCGCGGGACAUAUUCUUCUACGUGACUUAGUUACGCUCCGCGCUGUCGGUUUCACAUCAGCCCAUUGUUUCUCUGCAUAUGUGUGCAGCAUUUUCGAAAUUCCGAACUUUUGAAGUCUCUAGUCGACAAUGCACUUCAAUUGUUUCGCCGUCACCUUGGCGCUAUCAGUCGCGUAUGGCGCGCGCGCAAAUACGGACGUCGAAUUGCCUUUGUUUUCACAAGAAAGUAGCGACAGCAGUGGCUCCCAUAAAACUCCAAUAACACCGGUCAACUGUGAGAUACCCAAUGAGGCGAAAUUGGGCAUCUGCAUGGAGGUGAGCAACUGCUCAGCUUAUCUACAGGCGCGUAAUAUGGCCGACGUAUCCUCAGAGAAAGUGAACUUCCUGAAGAAGGUGCAAUGCUCAUGCAAAGAUAGCGGAGAUCGCAUUUUUCAACCCUUGGUAUGCUGCCCAGCCAACGGACAGGACUACUUAUAUCCUUCGUUGAAAUUUUCGAAAUUCGAGUAUCGCCGCUUUCAAAACGUCACGGCUCAGUUCAAACGCAAGAAGUUGAAGCGUCGCAUACAAACUGUGGAGCCGGCGCAGAGCUUCAACUUGCGCAACGAAUGUGGCAAACAGGUGACGAACCGCAUUUAUGGCGGCGAGAUCGCCGAAUUGGAUGAGUUCCCAUGGCUGGCGCUGCUGGUGUACAACUCAAAUGAUUUCGGUUGCAGUGGCGCGCUGAUAGACGAUCGGCAUGUGUUGACGGCGGCGCAUUGCGUGCGUGGCGAGGGCGUGCGCGAAAAGCGGGGAUUGAAACUCAUACGCUUAGGAGAAUUCAACGUUAAAACCGAGCCGGACUGUAUUGAGGAGCCAGACUAUCUGAACUGCGCGGACGCCGCAUUGGACAUUGGCUAUGAUCGGAUUUUCGUACAUCCCGAAUAUAAUGAGCACUCUUUCAGCAAAUUCCACGACGUUGCCUUAGUACGACUAAAGCAUGCGGUGUCCUUUACACAUUUCGUAAUGCCCAUUUGCCUGCCAAGUGAAACGGACGAAAGUCCAUUUAAAGAGGGCGAAACGUUUUCGGUGUCUGGCUGGGGACGCACCGAUUUAUUCAAUAAGUACUUCCGCAACAUCCACAGUCCCAUCAAACUGAAGCUCCGAAUUCCAUAUGUGCAACGUGACAAAUGCGCCGACAUUUUGUCAAAAUUUGGCAUCGAACUGAGCCCGAAACAGGUAUGCGCUGGUGGCGAGUUCGCUAAGGAUACAUGCGCCGGCGACAGUGGUGCUCCGCUAAUGUAUUUUGAUCGCAAAUUCUCCCGCUGGGUUGCCUACGGCGUGGUGAGUUACGGAUUCACGCGCUGCGGUAUGGCCGGCCAUCCGGCCGUAUACACGGAUAUCUCUGCAUACCUCGAUUGGAUACAUGGUAUAGUGACAGCCAAAUGAAAAAAGUUACAUAUUUACAUACAUACAUAUGUAGAUAUAGAAGUACAUACACAUGUAGUUAAAUUAGAGGAUUCGAUUUGUACAUAUUCGUUCGUUGCUUUCGCUAAGGAGCAUUAGGUAUUUAUUAUUUUUAUGAAUUCGAAAAAAUGAUGUUAUUCGUGGAAAGAAG